AUGGCUUGGAGACAGAGGAAUGUUAGUAUUGAUACCUUACUCGAGAGAGUAGUGGGUAUCCUGGAGAGGCAACACGAGCCAGCUCCGAACCGAGGACUAUCCGAGUUUCGUAAGAACAAGCCCUCUCACUUUCGUGGAGGAUUUGACCCUGAUGGAGCCCAACUCUGGCUGGAAGAGUUGGAGAAGAUAUUUGAGGCCAUGGCAUGUCCGAACGACGAGAAGGUCGUUUAUGCUACUUUCAUGCUCGUAGGUGAAGCAGAGCAUUGGUGGAGGAUCGCUCGCCAACAGUUGGUGACGGAUGGGACCGCUAUUGAUUGGCUAACUUUUCGGCAUAGAUUCCUUGAGAAGUACUUUCCUGAGGAUCUUAGAAGGAGAAAGGAGCUAGAAUUUCUGAACUUGAAGCAAGGAAGUACAAGCGUAGGGGAGUACGCGGCCAAAUUUGAUGAACUGUCGAGGUAUUGCUCCUAUUUUUCUCAUGUCGAUGACCGAGCUAGAUGCUCCAAGUUCGAGAGUGGACUCUGGCCCGAUACCAAGCAAGUAAUUGGCUACCAACAGAUUGCGCAUUUCCCUGAAUUGGUAGACAAGUGUCGAGUUUAUGAGGAUGACACAAAGGCAAGGCAAGCUGCAUGGAAGAACACUAGACCUUGA